AAUACUGGGCGUCAUAUUCUUUAUCCAUCGAUGCCGCAUGAAGAAGAAAUAUGAUCCCUCAACCUUACUCAGUCGAAGCAUCUCUUAUGAUCCCUCUGGAACAACAGAUCUUGAGGCAUUUGUUAGAAAUUACGGACCAGUAUCGCUAAACAGAUAUAAAUUCUCAGAUGUCAAGAAAUUCACCAAUUCAUUUAAGGUUAAACUGGGUCAAGGAGGCUAUGGUGGUGUCUACAAAGGAGAGCUACUCAAUGGUCGUCUCGUAGCUGUGAAGGUCCUGAAUGCAUCAAAAGGAAUUGGAGAUGAAUUUAUCAAUGAAGUUGCAAGCAUCAGUAGAACUUCCCAUGUUAAUAUUGUCACACUUCUUGGAUUUUGUCUCGAAGGUAAAAAGAGAGCUCUCAUCUAUGAGUUUAUGCCAAAUGGAUCACUUGAAAAGUUUAUAUACAGUGACAACACGGAGACAACCACUAUGCCCUUAGGAUUGGAAAAAUUGUUCCAAAUUGCAAUCAGUAUUGCCCGAGGGCUUGAGUACUUGCACCGUGGCUGCAAUACUAGAAUCUUGCAUUUUGACAUAAAACCACAUAACAUUCUUCUGGAUGAAAAUUUUUCCCCAAAGAUCUCUGAUUUUGGACUUGCUAAACUUUCUCCAAGGAAUGUGAGUAACAUAUCAAUGGCAGUAGCUAGAGGGACAAUAGGGUAUAUAGCUCCUGAAGUGUUCAUUAGAAGCUUUGGAGUAGUUUCACACAAAUCUGAUGUCUAUAGUUAUGGAAUGAUGAUUUUGGAGAUGGUUGGAGGAAAAAAGGACAUUGAUGUUGGAAUAAGUGAUACCAGUGAGAUAUAUUUUCCACAUUGGAUUUAUAAGCGUCUUGAGCAGUACAAUGAUUUAGGACUUCCCAUUAACAUGACUACAGAGGAAACUGUAAUGGUGAGAAAGAUGAUCUUAGUGGGUUUAUGGUGCAUACAAACAAAUCCAUCUGAUAGGCCGUCCAUGAGUAAAGUAAUUGAAAUGUUAGAAGGAAACAUAGAAGCAUUGCAAAUCCCUCCAAAACCUUUCUUAUCGUCACCUCCAAGAUCUCCCGCAGAAGAAUCCUCCACAUAUUAAUACUAUGUAAUAAUACCUAUAGAUACAUUUUUUUCUUGAUAACUUUUUUAUUAUUAUCUUACAUUUAAUUUAAGGAUUGGGCUCCUUGAAGACAAGUGUUGGUGUUAUUAUGUACUUUCACAUAAAAG